AUGGUCGUCAUCUCGCGCUUUAGAUCUCUCUGGGGUGUUGAGCCCGGUCCCCAGCAGUCGGAGUGGAAGCAGAAGUUCGUUGAGUGGAAAGCACAUGGAUACGGUACUGUCCUUUCCGGGAUUGAGAUCGACUUUGCCGGCAUGAGCCCCGAGGAACUCCAGCUUCUGCGCAGCAUUUGCGACGAGUAUUCGUCUUACGCAGCGUCUAAUAGAAGCAGCUUGUUCUCGUCCUGGCCGAAAUACAUUGGCCGUCGUCCUCCUGGCUUAACAACAGAUGAUCACGCCGAGUUCUUCAGAUCACAGCUUAGACUCGCCUCGAUAUUGAAGCCUGUGAGGGUUAAUGCGCAGUCGGGGGCUGACCAUUUCAGCUGGGACGACUCGGUGGCGUUCUACAAAAAGGCGCUCCAGGUGGAGAAGGAAGAGGGAUUCGACGGCCGAGUGUGCCAUGAGACUCACCGCAACCGAUCCCUCUUCAAUCCCUACGCUGCAGACUACAUCCUGCAGAAAGUGCCCGAGCUAACGAUCACCGCCGACAUCUCACACUGGGUCGUCGUAUGCGAGCGGCUUCUCGAUAGAAAUGAGGAGGACCAGGAUAUCCUCAAGAGAGUCAUUCCUCAUGUCGGUCACAUCCACACUCGCAUGGGCACGACGCAAGCCUCACAGUGCCCUGAGCCCUUGAACCAGGCUUUCGCCGAGGAACGAGCAUUUUUCGAGAAAUUCUGGCUUGACAUUGUGAAGCACAAGCAGCAGACUGAUUCUAAUGGCCGGCUUACUUUUGUUCCGGAAUAUGGGCCGUUCCCGUAUCAUCCUAUCGGUACUGCGCAAAGCCAUGGAGAUCUUGCUGAUAGUGAGGGGGCACGGUUGGAGAAGCUGUUUAAGAGUGCUGUUGGCCAGUGA